GUCUCGGGUCCCUGGCAAGAGUCUCAAGGAACCACGUAUGCAGGUUUUGACGCUGCACAGAAUAGACGGAUGUCUUCCACAUAUGCCACCCCUUGGAGCUUUCCACUUUCCACAGUUGUCCAUGCGCCUUUGAAACUUCUGAAGCCUCUGCAGUGGUUCAAGGCUCUUAUUGUGAUUGUGGCCGCCGCUUUCGAACGCAAUCCUCUCUUCUGUUCGCCCCUUCACUUCGUAACUGCUUGGAUGUUCCGUUCGUACAUCGGAGUUCCCACAAUACUAGUACCACACCUUCACCCUCUGGGCCUUCGGAGAAUCCUCCCGGUCUUUGGCGGUCUUUUCGUUCCCCUCUGGAUUUCACUUUUACUCGAAUCGCUGCGCUGCUAUUCAUUCACACAGAUCGAUUGGUGGCUGAUUGGUCGCAUGCGGUCACCUAAAGUUCGUCGCCUCCGCGGUUCUCGCAGUCAGGGUUUGGAUACAGCAAAAUUAGUAUCACGCAGUCCUGUGUGGUGGUUCUCAUACGGCCCCCAGGUUGAGAGGCCUCAGGGCUCGAGGGCUGCGUCGGCGACUAGUGGAAAGCACAUUGCACACCCACAUACAAUAACCCUCACUGUGAUUUCCAAUCAUGCUCGUAUUGCUAUCAUUGACCAUCAAAUAACUGUAGAUAACACUUCGGAAUUGAACCUUGGACCUCCUCCUCCACCCUUCUAGGUCCUCUCAUAUCCGUACUUAUCUGACUUCUGGGCGCGGCGUUCAGUCUUCGCAUAUUCAUUCUUAGGCCGCUCUCGAAUUUCUAAAGCUUCUUGCCUCUUCUUGCUUGGCCGUGGGCCAUGGCCAUGGCCAGGACGAGUUAGGUUUCACUUGUGAUCGUCAUUUAAAUAGAACGUUUGGUGGUGGCGGUCACAGUUGUGAGGCUGUAAGACAAGGCAAGACAGCGGUCAAGCAGUUCAUUGGCAUUGGAACCUGCAUUGAGGGUCUUCGCUGCGGUGCUGUUUGAAUAGAGUCCCUGGACCUUACGGUGUUGGCCGCAAGCUAAGCAACAAGGAUUCAUACUGGAGUCCUAGUCCCUUUAAUGAGU